GUGUGGCGGAGGGUGAAGGAGUCCAGAGAGCUUUUCCGUAUCUGGAACACAUUAGACGUAGCUCUGAAGCUAACGCUGAACGUCCCCCUGCGAGAGCGGGGUGUGUCCAACCCCUGUCCACUCUCUGGACACGCUUAAAGGCUCCGCCAGGAGGAGUCUCAAAGUGUGCACACUCACACACGCUGUCACACACCUCAGGAUCUGAACCGAACGGAGACGCCGAGAAUCAUGUCGUGGACGGCCGUGCUGUGGUGCCUGCUGGCGUUCUGGGUCACCGGGGGUCACCAGCUGACCGCGGAGAACAAGACCACCAUUGUGGAGCUCCAUAACCGCUUCCGGUCGCUGGUGGUGCCCAGCGCUGCAAAUAUGCGCCGAAUGCACUGGAACGAGUCCCUCGCAGCCAUAGCGGUGGCCUACAGCACCAAAUGCGUGUGGGAUCACAACCCAGAGCUGGUGGACAUAGGAGAGAACCUGUUCAUCACCAACGGACGCCUCAAUGUCAGCAACGCUGUGACCGACUGGUAUGAGGAGCACCUGGACUACACCUACAAGAACAACCAUUGCCAAGAAGACAAGAUGUGUGGACACUACACACAGGUGGUGUGGGCGGACUCGUAUGCCGUCGGCUGUGCGUCUCACCUGUGUGCCAAGAUGACGGGUCUUCAGUUCGAGAACGCCAACCUGUUCAUCUGUAACUACUAUCCACCGGGCAAUUUCAAAGGAAAACUGCCCUACACCAGUGGUGAGCCAUGUUACCUCUGUCCAGCAGGCAUGUCGUGCAAAGACAAACUUUGUGCAACCGCAGAGAAGCUGAUCUCCACCAGCCAGCCCACAUCCUCCCCCAGGUCUACCACCCAGAGCCCAGCCACGGAGAAUAAGAGCACCCCGUCAUCUUCAAAAGAGACGAUGCCCUGGACCACCUCACUGCCACGACUUAACUACACUGGUGGAGCCUGUGCAGUAACUGAGGGGUCCCUGACUCUCCUGUCCAGUGUUUUGUUGCUUCUUCUCACAAUGUGAUUGCACCUCUUGCUGCACCACCUCCAAGACUCAGCUUGGAAAUGUGUUCAUUUGUGCUACACAAACUGGAUCAAAAAGUGACCACAGUCAUAGGAUCUUCAUUUUUAAGUAACAGCUCUUCCAACCCUAAUACUGUGUGACAUAAUUCAUAUAAAUAGGAGUUUGUGUCGGUUUCGAUGACACCACACAUGCUCACAGUGACACUGCAUGUGAUUCUGAUGACAUCACAUGCAAUUCUGAUGAUGCAAUGCACUGUUUUGAUGAUGUCAGACACAUUCCACUGAUGUCAUGAGCACUUGUGGUGGUCUCAUAUCACCGAAAGCUCAACUUCCUUGGAAAAUCACGAUGUGAUUCCAGCUCUUUCGAGUCAUGUGCAGCACAGGGAGUCCUGUGCGUCUGAUCUUCCUGCAUGUAGAAACUCAGAUGGGCAGUGAGCGCGGGCCUUUAGGGGAAGAACCAAGAAGGUCCCAGUAGAUUUUUCAACUGUGACUGGAACCCUGGAUCUCCUGCAGCGCUGUGCUCGAUUCAGCAAAGCCACUGUGUGUACAUUAUAUUCUGUGUGGGGGAAAAAAAAAUCAGUCUUUCCUGUCAAGGACUUGAGGAAGCCUGUUGCCAUGACAACAGCAAAGCUGUAUUGCUGACAUAACCGUGUCAAUAUAAGAACGAUAGUUAUUUUAUCGGUGACUUUUCUAUUUCGUAAACAGGGUUCUAGAAAAUUCAUUAAUAGACUCUGUCUUGUCCAUUCUGUUACUGAGUGAAAUUAAAGACCAUUUUAUUCAUUUGCUGCAUCUGUCUGUACUGCAGUCUGAAGUGUCAGUUCAUUAAAUGCAGUGCAUGGGCCAGAU